AUGGCCCCAGCAACCAUUGACCUUCAACUCCUCCAAUCCCGACAAUGGUCCGUUGACACCUCCUACAAUGCCUCCAUCAUCAUCUCCUACAACCUCGCCCUGGGAGCUGCAGGUACCAACCUCCCCCUAACCUUCGAAGCCCACCCCUCAUUCCACGCCCUCCCCUCCUUCGCCUGCGUCCCCACCAUCUCCGUCAUGGGCGCCGUUUCCCAAGCAUUUCCUUCCCUCCUCCCCAAAUUCCAACCCCACAACCAACUCCAUGGCGAGCACUACAUCCGAUCCCUCGCCCCCUUCCCCAUCCCCUCGUCCAACUCUCCCACUGUCCCCAUCCGCACCACCGGGAAGAUCAUCGGCUGCGUGUCUCGCCCCCGCGGCGUCACCGUCACGGUCGCCAUCGAAACCUCGCAUCCACCGUCCGGUACGGUCAUCUGCUACAGCGAAUGGACCUCGUUCGUCCUCGGCAUCCCCCCAGCCGGCGCCUCCACCACCACCGAAGAUCGUGGCCCCGCAACCGCAACCUACCCCACCCCAUCGCGGACCGCUGACAAGGUGCUCCAGUAUAAAACGACACCCGAACAAGGCGCCCUGUACCGCGCUGCGUCGGGCGAUUUGAAUCCGCUGCACAUCGAUCCGGCGACGGCGAAGCGGGCAGGCUUUCAGGGGCCCAUUCUGACGGGAACCUGUACGCUGGGGGUUGGGAUCAGGCAGAUCAUCGAGGAGUUUGCGGGAGGGGAUGUCGGGAGGUUUGACUGGGUGCGGUGCCGGUUGAGCAAGCCGGUGUUCCCUGGUGAGUUGGUGCGGACGGAGAUGUGGGAGGAAGAGGGGAGAAGGAUCGCGUUUCGGAUGGUGGUAGGGGAUGGGAAAGGGGAGAAGGUGGUGAUUGGAAAUGCGGCGGUUGGAUUGAAAACGAAUGCUGGGAACCUUUAA